AUGGUGUCAUGGAUCAUCUCCAGGCUGGUGGUGCUUAUAUUUGGCACCCUUUACCCUGCAUAUUAUUCCUACAAGGCCGUGAAGUCAAAGGACAUUAAAGAAUAUGUCAAAUGGAUGAUGUACUGGAUUAUAUUUGCACUUUUCACCACAGCAGAGACAUUCACCGACAUCUUCCUUUGUUGGUUUCCAUUCUAUUAUGAACUAAAAAUAGCCUUUGUAGCCUGGCUGCUAUCUCCCUACACAAAAGGCUCCAGCCUCCUGUACAGGAAGUUUGUCCAUCCCACGCUGUCUUCAAAAGAAAAGGAAAUCGAUGAUUGCCUGGUCCAAGCGAAAGACCGGAGUUACGACGCCCUUGUGCACUUCGGGAAGCGAGGCUUGAACGUGGCGGCCACAGCAGCGGUGAUGGCUGCCUCCAAGGGACAGGGUGCCUUAUCGGAGAGACUCCGGAGCUUCAGCAUGCAGGACCUCACCACCAUCAGGGGAGACGGUGCCCCUGCUCCCUCAGGCCCCCCUCCCGCGGGGUCGGGGCAGGCCGGCAAGCACCGCCAGCCCAAGAUGUCCAGGAGUGCUUCUGAGAGCGCUGGCAGCUCAGGCACCGCCUAG